GCACAGGAGGUGACGGGGAGCAGAGGCGUUUGGCAUGUAAAGGGUGCUGUGAGUGGCUGGUGUAAAUGGAGAAUAAUUGCAGUGUUCUAUUUAGAAUGCUGUGCUGCAGCUAGUGUCUGUGUGAUCCGUACAGUGGGAUAGCAUGGUGAGCUUGUGAUAUAGGGAUAGUGCUUUCUGGGCAUAUUAUAUAUUGCAAGGGGUCAUGUCUCGCCCCAGCCGCCCCCCCUCGGGGGAUAUCCCCAGAAACCUGAGCUACAUCGCCGGCCUGUAUGAGCGUGCCUAUUACCGCACAGCCAGACCCAGUUUGGAGGAGGAGGUGGAGGAAGUUGAAGAUUGCCCUUCCAGCACCCAGCAAGCUCCCCAGGCUCCACGCCGCUGGCGCUCCCGCUCGGCUCCUGCCCUGCGAGUGCCCCGAGAACAGAGGCAGCGCAGCCCAGAGACCAGGAAGAGGGUGCGCUUCGCGGACUCGCUGGGACUAGAGCUGGAGUCUGUCCGGCACUUCAGACGCGAGGACAUGCCCUGUAUACCCCUAGCUGUCACCCAUCGGCUGCAGAGAGAGGCGACUAGACGGGUCUUGAGUUCCUGCAUUUCCCGGGAGGAGCCGGUAUGUAGUGGGAUUCUAGGGCCCCCAUUUCCAUAGCAUGCAACACCCCUGCACUCCAUACAGAAAACCUCUAACCUCAUACAGUAACAACCCUGUACUCCAUACAGCAAACCUCUAACCUCCUACAGUAACACCCCUGUACUCCAUACAGCACACCUCUAACCUCAUUCAGUAACACCCCUGUACUCCAUACAGCAAACAACUAACCUCCUACAGUAACACCCCCUGUACUCCUUACAACAAACCUCUAACCUCAUACAGUAACUCCUCAUGUACUCCAUACAGCAAACCUCUAACCUCAUACAGUAACACCCCCUGUACUCCAUACAGCAAACCUAACCUCCUACAGUAACACCCCUGUACUCCAUACAGCACACCUCUAACCUCAUACAGUAACACCCCUGUACUCCAUACAGCAAACCUCUAACCUCCUACAGUAACACCCCUGUACUCCAUACAGCAAACCUCUAACCUCAUACAGUAACACCCCUGUACUCCAUACAGCAAACCUCUAACCUCAUACAGUAACACCCCUGUACUCCAUACAGCAAACCUCUAACCUCCUACAGUAACACCCCUGUACUCCAUACAGGAAACCUCUAACUUCCUACAGUAACUCCCCUGUACUCCAUACAGCAAACCUAUAACCUCUUACAGUAACUCCCCUGUACUUUGUACAAAAACCUCUAACCUCAUACAGUAAUACCCCCCUGUACUCCAUACAGCAAACCUCUAACCUCCUACAGUAACACCCCUGUACUCCAUACAGCAAACCUCUAACCUCAUACAGUAACACCCCUGUACUCCAUACAGCAAACCUAUAACCUCCUACAGUAACACCCCCUGUACUCCAUACAGCAAACAUCUAAUCUCCUACAGUAACACCCCUGUACUCCAUACAGCAAACCUAUAACCUCCUACAGUAACACCCCCUGUACUCCAUACAGCAAACAUCUAAUCUCCUACAGUAACACCCCUGUACUCCAUACAGCAAACCUAUAACCUCCUACAGUAACACCCCCUGUACUCCAUACAGCAAACAUCUAAUCUCCUACAGUAACACCCCUGUACUCCAUACAGCAAACCUAUAACCUCCUACAGUAACACCCCCUGUACUCCAUACAGCAAACAUCUAAUCUCCUACAGUAACACCCCUGUACUCCAUACAGCAAACCUAUAACCUCCUACAGUAACACCCCCUGUACUCCAUAUAGCAAACAUCUAACCUCCUACAUUAAUACUCCCUGUACUCCAUACGGAAAACUUCUAACCUCCUACAGUAACACCCUUGUACUCCAUAUUUCAUAUCUUCAUCAUGUUUACUACUAUUGACUAUUCAUAUGUUAAUGUCGGUUUUGUGUUGUGUUAAAUAUUUUUCAGUCUCAUGGUUAUCCACUAACCUCCAAAUUGGGGUUCAGUUAAUAACCCUUUUAGAUUUUCUUUCUUUACAAUUGAUUGUGAAAUGUUACAUAAUUUCCAUGGUUCUUAUGUUUCAGAGCUGGUGUGAGGCUCGCCAUGUCUUAUCCCCUUCAUGGCUGUCUGAGCAAGGAACAUGGGAAAAGCAGUCAUGGGAUCGAGGUGCAUGGGAUGAAAAGACAUGGGAUCAGCGAGUGUGCCUGCAGAGUAUGCGCUACGAGAGCUGCUUCCUCUGGGGCUCUGUGCGAGUGCUUGACUUGGCAUAUGAGAAACAAGUCACUGUGCGCUAUUCUCUGGAUGGAUGGCAAUCUUAUCGAGAUACACAUGCUUUGUAUGCUUCACGACUCUGCCAUGGUGGAUCUGGGCACCCUGGCACAGAUCUAUUCACUUUCCGCCUUCCUCUACCACCCAGGGACCAUACACACUCCUCAUCAUUGCAAUUUGCCAUCCGUUAUCAAGUGGGUGAGGAAGAAUUCUGGGACAACAAUGGGGGUAAAAAUUAUAGGUUAAUCCCCCCAGAAGCUGAUCCUCCUGCCGUGACACAGGAUGCAGAGAAUGGAUGGAUACAUUUUAUAUAGUAGAAUGGAGAGGCUAACACAUCUUCAAUAUCAAUUCUCUAUUCCAAAAUAACACCAAAGAACAAAGGUCAAAUAUACAAUGAAAGUACACUAAAAGGGUGGUGGGAGGGAAAUCAAUGCAAAAGACAAUGGGGCAGAUCAGAGGUAGGCAAUCUUCGGCACUUCAGAUGUGGACUACAUACCCCAUAAUGCUCUUACAGCCAUAAUGCUGGCAAGGCAUCAGGGAAGAUGUAGUGCCGAUGGUUGCCUACUCCUAGGAUAAAUGAACACAGGACAGGGACCAAAUGGUAUAAUUGUGGGGGAAGGACAGGACACGAAGACAGAUCUGGUAGAUUAAUGGAGGGAGGAGAACAUGAGACAUAGUGACAUUUAUCAUGUGGUCAUAUUACGGUGGUAGAACAUGCUGGAGUUUGAUUCCUUUGCAAGUAUAUGCGGUUGUAAAACAGGUCAUAUUUCCAAUGCUGUGGGCACGACAUGAGUUUAUUAUUUAAAAUAUUCCUUAAUGUGUUUGUUAUAACAGAGAAUAGAGCACCCUUAGUUGUAUUGGAAUACACAACAAGGGCUAUCAAGGUGUAUGCCACAAAGAUCAAAUAUUGUCAUCUGAUUUCUAGUCUGAAAAUAUUCUUGGCAACUGGGAAACGUACAGUUUUUUUUUUUAAUGUAACAAAUUAGAUGUAUUUUUCCUUAUUAGCAGAUGUAUCAGUGAACAAAGUUGUCAUGCUUAAUAUACUGCCUUAAUAAACUGUUGAGAAGAGCACAUGAGCCAAGGGCUAAGGUCACAGAUUAGUACAGCUGUGUAAAUUAAUUGAAUUCAUUCUGCUAGAUUGAAUUCAUUCUUAUUUUAUAAAUCAUAAAAUCCUAUCUCUACGCUGUGCUAGCAGAUUUCCUAGCAAUUGUAUAAUUUGGGGGGGGAACUAUGCAAAAAUAAAUCUUUCUCCCACCUGCCAGUCAAUUCAUAAUCAUAGACUCCAUGGCAAAGAGUUGACUGACAAGGGAGAGCAGAAAAAAAUCUCCCACAGGCUGUCCUUCUGUUCUCCACAUUGUUAUGAGGUCGAAGGUUUGAAAAGAUUAACACCGAAGGGGCUCCCCAGACAUCUGUACAGCCACCAUACUGAGCAGAGAAGGGAUACAUUGAAAAGCAUUUAGUGUCAGUAAUUGACUGCGAGCAUCAGCUGACACUCUCAGCAUAUCACUGGCCGCCAAUAGCAAGAAAGAGCAUGUACUAUAUUCUUAAUGGGCCGCCUGCUCCCAAUGCUUCUCAAUGAUUAAAGGACCACUCCACACACCAAAAGCACUUCAACUUGCUGAAGUGCUUUAUGGGUGAGGAGUACCCUCAUUUAACCCAGUUUAUAAAAGUGCUGAUUUCUAUGAGAAAUCAGCACUUUUAUAAACUGGGGAACAGCCAGUAAGGAUUCCUUCCUACUUCCGUUAGCUCCCCUGAGCUAACGGAAGUGGCAGGCAGGCUCUACUUGAGUGUGCUUUCCUCCCCCUCCCUCCCUGACAGACUUUAGACCAGCUUCAGCAGUGCACAAGUGGCGGGCGCACGUGCACCCCGCUGUGCGCGAGUGUGCCCGUGCAAGUUGGUUUGUGCGUGCGCGUGUGGACCAAGUCAAAGGCUUCUCAAUGAGAAGCCUCUGAUUGGUUAUUUCCCUGUGAAGAGACUAAAAAGGCUCUUCGGGGGAAAAAUGGAAGAGCUUAUAAAGGCUGCAGUCACAACAACUGCAGCUUUUGUAAUCUAUUUUAGACUAUACUCCCAAUGAAUACAUGCAUAAAAAUACACAUGUAUGUAUUAAUUGGGGGUAUAUCUACUAAACUGUGGAAAUUUUUUUUUGGGGGGGGGGGUUGGAAGAGUGGAGUGGUCCUUUAAGUUUUCUGCUCAAUAUGGUAGCCAUGCAGAGGAGAGAUAGGAGAGUGUCAGGCUUCACCCAAGGACUCCAGCUUCAUUGAGAUUAAUUUGUUUUCAGGGGAGAAAGUUCCUUUGAGAAAAAACAAACUUGCUGCCUGUGUGGGCUGUCAUGUACAAACAUAAAAUAUAUGCUUUGUAUCAGCUCACUUUUUGUACCAUUUGCCUUCAUUUCGAGUAAACUUAUGUCUCCCUUAUCGAAUGAUGCUUAAAACAACAACAAAACACGUUGUAGACUCUUAUUUCUGAACAAAUUAUGCAGCACAUAUUUUAAAUGGCAUCUCUUAAAGAAGAACUAAUGCCCAUCUUUCAGCAUUGAAUAUAUAUUAAAUAUUCAUGGGUUCUGCAUUUUGUAAGUAAUCCCUGCAUUGAUGUUUUACCUAUAAAAGGACUGUCUCCUCUUCUUUGGACAGGUACUAUAGUUCGAGAAAUAAGUUUAGAAUUUCAUUAACCCAAUAAUGAAGCAGUGGAUGACACUAUACUGUAAAAUAAGUUUAGGGUUUUUUUUUGUUUUUUAAUGAAAGAAAUUAUUGUUUUUAUGUUAAUUUAAUUUGUUAUUUGUAAGCAGUGGAUUUUUUGAAGCAUGUCAUUUUGUUUUUUGUCUGAUGCUCUGCUUUUACAACAGCUCAUAUGUACCGACUUUUCAAGCCUUUAUUGCAUUAGUCAGAUUUCACCAAAAUGCGGUGAUGUGGAAUGAUCGCCUAAACUGAUUCAGGAAGAAAUGUUUUAUCCUCUGGCUGCAGAAGUGGUGAGAUAAGGAUUGUGACUGUUAUCUGCAAUGAAAAUUGCUUGUUGCUGAUUAACUGAUUAUGUAACAAUAUAUUUAUUUUUACAAUGUACACAAACACUAUUAGACAGUGAGAGAAUAUGUGUGUGUACAUAUGUAUAUGUAUAUAUUUAAAAAGUCUGUCUAUAAAAAAAAAAUACACAAUUGGUUGCAAUUUUUUGGGUAAUAACUUUAUAUUGCUGGAUAGAUUCUCCCUUUGCCUCUGAACAGGCUGAUGUUUUGUGGUGGCAUCGAUUCAACACAUCACUCAAAAUAUUCCUUAGAGAUUCUAGUCCAGGAUGACAAGAUGGCAUCACUCAGCUGCUAAAGAUUUUCCAAAUGCAUCAAGUGCACUGAGAUCCACUGAAAUCUUUGUUACUUGUACAACUAGAUAGAGAGGACAUGUACUUUGUGACAUUUUGUCUUAUUGUGUUGGAAGUAGUCAUUAAACAUGAGUAGGUUGUGGCCUUAAAAGGACGCUCAUUGUCAGAAAUAUUACUCAGGUAGGCUGUGGCAUUUCAGCGAUACUCAAUUGAUAUUAAGGUGCCUAAAUGUGCCAAUGAAUUUUCCCCACACCAUUACACCAUAACCAUUGUGAAUCACUGACACAAGGCAGGAUAAAUCCAUAUAUUCAUAUUGUAUAUACCAAAUUCUGUUGUAGGAGAAACUGAGAUUCUUUGGACUAGGAAACAUCUUCCAAUCUUCUACUGUCUGGUUUUGGUGCACCUGUGCCCACUGUAGCCCCAGUAUCCUGGCAUGAUAAUGUACUCUAAAAAUAAAACCAUCUGCACAAAACUGCUGCUGUCAUUGUACUGUGUCCAUUGAAACAUUUUACCAACCUGUCAUAUAUAAAAGUGAGUAUAACAACAUUUAGAAACAUGCUCGGAUUGUUUUCUUGGGGAAUGCUGAGCUGGAGUUAUGGUAUAUCAAUUUAGCACUCCUCAAUACUUUCAUUCUGGAAAAUAUGAACGACAGUGCAAAGUAAUAGAAGUUUCAGUGUGGUUUAUGUCCGGGUACAGACAGUUUGAUAUAUAUUUAUUAUUUUGUCAUUUAUUUUUUAUUUUAAGAAUUAAGCUGUAGGUGUUUACUCAUGUGUGGGGCACAGAAUCUAAC